UACAGAGCUAGUUCUAGGACAGCCAAGGCUACACAAAGAACACAAAGAAACCCUGUCUUGAAAACAACAAAACCAAAACACAAACAAAAAAAGAAUGGCUCUUGGCAUAGCUGGGACUUCUGAGGUCUAUUCUGAUCAGGCAAGGUCCCUGAGCCAGCUGCAACCAUUAAAAUGUUAGCCCUUGCCCUAGCUGGAGCAGCCUUGAGUCUUGUCUUCGUCCAUGCCAGAGGCCAGAGCAUGGCUCACUGGUGCCUGGCAGCAUGAGGACUGCCCAGCCGGAGGACAUGGUGUCUGCAGCCCCAACUGAGGGGGACAGACUGUCUUGGACACUGACAGAUGGAGCCGGCAAGAGCCCACUGGGGGUCCUCACUACCCCAGAGCCACUUCUUCGACUGCAGAGGACACAGAGGGUGUGGCAGGUCCCAGAGCUGGAUGCUCAGCAUGCCAAGGCCUUUCUUGAGCUGUGGCCACUGGGGAGCUUCCUGGUCAUAGGACAUGAUCCUAGCCAGGUCCUGAUGCUGAAGACGGGACCUUCACCAGGAGACGUCAACGCCUAUCAAAUUCACAAGUUUCCUGGAGGUGUGUCCCUGGAAUCCUCCAACCUCUGCAUGCCAGACUGUCCCCAUCUCCUGGCCUUCCUGUCAGCCAGCAGGGACGUUUUGCCAAGGACCCUGCUCUUGCCCACUCCAACCGUAGGUCCUGGAGACAAGGACACAGAUCCUGUGCGACUUGGCUGCAUCCAGGUCAACACCUCAGGGAGGGUGCUGUCUGUAGUGAACCAGCUCUACCUGGACACGCAUGGAGACUGGGGGACCCCCCUGGCUCCACAGCCAUCGGAGCCAGCCACUGACCAGAAAUACAGUCUAGCCCCUAGCAAGCCCACCCCACAUCGGGUCUCCUGGGUGGAAGAGCCCCUGAAACCGGAAGUGCAUCAUCCUGGCCCAGACUCUCAUCACCACCUGGACCCAGAAGCGUACCAUCCUGGAGCAGACGCGCCCUCGCCUAGGCCUGCCCUAGUGAGCGUGGUGGAAGAGGAGGAGGAAGCGGACAGUGACAAUUACAAAGAGGAAAGGGGGGAGGACCUGCUCACUGCCCACAUCUGUGCUCUGGCCAGGGCCCGGAGCAGCUACGUGGCCAGGCAGUACCGAGGCCUUCGGGCACGCCUCACCUCGAAUUCUGGAAAUCCCUACAGGCCUGGGGACCCGGCCACCCAGCCACUUCAGGAUGUGCGCCAGCUGCUCGCUGAUCUCCAGGAUUACCUGGCAAAGGACCCCGACGUCAGAGCAGUCUUUGGGAACAGGGAACCUAGGGUCCCUCGGGACGAGGAUCUUGGUAACGAGAAUCGGAGGGAAACUUCCCAAGGGAUUGGGGGAUUAGAACCCCUAGGUGCCGACGCCUUUUUGCCAGCCCUGACCGAGGAGCUGAUCUGGAGCCCACACAUCGGGGAGACGCAGCUGGAUGUGGAGUUUCUGAUGGAGCUCUUGGAUCCAGAGGAGCUGCGGGGAGAAGCUGGGUAUUAUCUUACCACGUGGUUUGGGGCUCUCUACCACAUUGCUCACUACCAGCCUGACGCUGGCCGUACACCGCAGGGUCUCAGCUCCGAGGCCCGGGCGUCCCUACGCCAGUGGCACCAGGUACACACGUGGUGA